AUGGUGCGACUCCGGGUGCUGCUGCUGUUGCUGGCCUGGUGGCUGUCGCAGGCGAGAGUGGCGCGCGGUGAGGGCUCAGUGCGCCUGGCGGGAAGCCUGACGCUGGGCGGUCUGUUCCCCGUGCACGCGCGGGGAGCUGCAGGGCGAGCGUGCGGGGCCCUGAAGAAGGAGCAGGGCGUGCACCGGCUGGAGGCGAUGCUCUACGCGCUGGACCGCGUCAAUGCCGACCCAGAACUGCUGCCCGGCGUGCGGCUGGGCGCGCGGCUGCUCGACACCUGCUCCCGGGACACCUAUGCGCUGGAGCAGGCUCUGAGCUUCGUGCAGGCGCUCAUCCGAGGCCGCGGUGAUGGCAACGAGGCCAGCGUGCUCUGCCCCGGGGGCGUCCCCCCGCUGCGCGCCGCACCCCCAGAGCGCGUGGUGGCGGUAGUGGGUGCCUCGGCUAGCUCCGUGUCCAUCAUGGUUGCCAACGUCCUGCGCCUGUUUGCGAUACCCCAGAUCAGCUAUGCCUCCACAGCCCCAGAGCUCAGUGACUCCACACGCUAUGACUUCUUCUCCCGAGUGGUGCCCCCUGACUCCUACCAGGCUCAGGCCAUGGUGGACAUUGUGCGGGCGCUGGGAUGGAACUACGUAUCUACACUGGCCUCUGAAGGCAACUAUGGCGAGAGUGGGGUUGAGGCCUUUGUGCAGAUUUCCCGAGAGGCCGGAGGUGUCUGCAUUGCACAAUCCAUAAAGAUUCCCAGGGAGCCAAAGCCGGGAGAAUUCCACAAAGUGAUCCGGAGACUCAUGGAAACACCCAACGCUCGGGGCAUCAUCAUUUUUGCCAACGAGGAUGACAUCAGGAGGGUCUUGGAGGCCACACGCCAGGCCAACCUGACUGGCCACUUCCUUUGGGUUGGCUCAGACAGCUGGGGAUCCAAGAUCUCCCCCAUCUUGAACCUAGAGGAGGUGGCUGUUGGGGCCAUCACCAUCCUACCCAAAAGGGCUUCCAUCGAUGGAUUUGACCAAUACUUCAUGACGCGUUCCCUGGAGAACAACCGCAGAAACAUCUGGUUUGCCGAGUUCUGGGAAGAGAAUUUUAACUGCAAACUAACCAGCUCAGGGGGUCAGUCAGACGAUUCCACCCGAAAAUGCACAGGUGAGGAACGCAUCGGCCAAGACUCCACCUAUGAGCAGGAGGGGAAGGUGCAGUUCGUGAUAGAUGCUGUGUACGCCAUCGCCCACGCACUCCACAGCAUGCACCAAGCACUCUGCCCAGGCCACACAGGUCUGUGCCCAGCCAUGGAGCCUACGGAUGGCCGUACACUGUUGAACUACAUUCGAGCAGUCCGCUUCAAUGGCAGCGCAGGAACCCCAGUGAUGUUCAAUGAGAAUGGAGAUGCCCCCGGGCGCUAUGACAUCUUCCAGUACCAGGCAACCAAUGGCAGUGCCAGCAGUGGCGGGUAUCAGGCUGUGGGCCAAUGGGCAGAGGCCCUUAGGCUGGAUAUGGAAGCCCUGCAGUGGUCAGGAGACCCCCAUGAGAUGCCUCCUUCUCAAUGCAGCCUCCCCUGUGGGCCUGGUGAACGGAAAAAGAUGGUGAAGGGUGUCCCUUGCUGCUGGCACUGUGAAGCCUGCGAUGGGUACCGCUUCCAGGUGGAUGAGUUCACAUGUGAGGCCUGUCCAGGGGACAUGAGGCCCACACCCAACCACACUGGCUGCCGCCCCACACCUGUGGUCCGCCUGACCUGGUCUUCUCCGUGGGCUGUGCUGCCCCUUCUCCUGGCUGUACUGGGCAUCAUGGCCACCACCACCAUCAUUGUCACUUUCAUGCGCCACAAUGACACUCCCAUAGUCCGCGCCUCCGGCCGCGAGCUUAGCUAUGUGCUGCUCACUGGCAUCUUCCUGAUCUACGCCAUCACCUUCCUCAUGGUGGCUGAGCCUUGUGCGGCUGUCUGUGCUGCCCGAAGACUCCUGCUCGGCUUGGGCACUACCCUCAGCUACUCGGCCCUGCUCACCAAGACCAACCGCAUCUACCGCAUCUUCGAGCAAGGGAAACGUUCUGUCACGCCACCACCCUUCAUCAGCCCUACAUCACAGCUGGUCAUCACCUUCUGCCUCACCUCUCUGCAGGUAGUAGGAGUAAUAGCAUGGUUGGGGGCCCAACCUCCACACAGCGUGAUUGACUAUGAGGAGCAGAGGACGGUGGACCCGGAACAGGCCAGAGGUGUGCUCAAGUGUGACAUGUCUGAUCUAUCCCUCAUUGGAUGCCUGGGCUACAGUCUCCUGCUCAUGGUCACGUGUACAGUGUAUGCCAUCAAGGCCCGAGGUGUGCCUGAGACCUUCAAUGAGGCCAAACCCAUCGGCUUUACCAUGUAUACCACCUGUAUUAUCUGGCUGGCUUUUGUUCCCAUCUUCUUUGGCACAGCCCAGUCAGCUGAGAAGAUCUACAUCCAAACGACCACACUGACCGUGUCUCUGAGCCUGAGUGCGUCGGUGUCCCUCGGCAUGCUCUACGUGCCCAAAACCUACGUCAUCCUGUUCCAUCCAGAGCAGAAUGUGCAGAAGCGGAAGCGCAGCCUCAAGACGACGUCCACGAUAGCGGCCCCGCCCAAGAGUGAGAACACAGAGGAUGCCAAGUAGCAGGAUGGAGUGUGGGUGCCACAGGUAGCUCCCUGCCCUUUCUUUGCUUCUCCUGGCUUCACAGUGGAAGCUGCAAAGGCUCCACAGUGACCACCAGAGGCUGAAAAUGUGUGAAGACCACGCCCAGCACGUCUGGACGUGCCUUCAGAAAGAGCUAAAUCCUGAGCCAUGUUGGACUUCCUCUUUCCUGGGCAUACCAACCUCAUCAUUCGGUCCUUCUUACCCACAAUACUCACUUCCAGGUUUCUACCUUAAGACAAAAACUAAACUAAUGCCUUCUAGUCAGGCAUUCAAAGACCUUGGUGAAGCCAGGGCUUGUCAGGUUGGGGUGAGAUUUAUCUUAAUCCAACAGCAUAACCUUGGGGCUGGCCAGGGUG